CUUAAUGUGAGUUCUGGGGACAAAACUCCUUUUUAGGAGGGGUGAAUGUAAUAUCCCAAAAUUUAUGGAAUUUUAAUAUUAAGUUAAGGACUUGAUUAUGAGGAAAUGCUGUUUUGGGACUUAAUAGCAAAAUUUUUAAAUUUCAAGGGGCUUAAAAGUGAAAGAUAAUAGGAUAAGGAUCGGAGGAUUUUUCUUCUUCCCAGCCUUGCACGUUUCUGCUCUUCUUCUCCCCUGCAGCUCCCAAAAGCUCCCAAGCUGCCGACUCCCCUUCCCUUGAGAAAAACUAGUAAGAAGCUUGGAUUUUCCCCUUAUUUUCUUGUUCAAGAACAAGAUUUGGAGCCUUGAAAUCUUCCCCCCUACAGGAAGCUUUCGAAUCUGCUCUGCUCUGCUUCUUCCGUCCACUGCUCUGCCGUGUGUGGGGGUGUGAUUUGCUCCAGUUUCUGUUUCCCUGCACUGCCGCCGGCUUCCCCAAACUGCAGCUCCAGUUUUUGGCUGCUAAAUUCUAGUAUGUUGCAGCCCUUUAAGCCUAAAAUUAUCCAUUUAGUUUGCUUCCUUGUGAUGUCCGAAAAUCUGCAGUAAUUAGGGGAUAAUUCCGGUAGCUUUAGGACAAAAUUAAGCAUUAAUUCAAGUGGAAUUUAUGUGAUUGAGUGUUAAUUGACUGUUGUGAAUUUUGGAGAGAAAAUCCCGUGAGAUUAGCCAUGGUUUUGCCAAUUUUUGGAAGUUGCAGCACUGUUCAUUGUGUGAUUACUGUUCGUGAUUACUGUUCACGGCACUGUUCACAGAUAUUGUUCACACACUAAUGGCCAACAAUUAACAGGGAUUUAAAUGUUUAGUUUGUAAUAUAAGAACAAAUUUGGAGAUGUCUGGUCAUGUGGAGAUUGAUAGAAAUAGCAUCGUGAUUGGGGGGUAAUCAUGGUGAUUUUACUUUUGAAUCCGUGGUACGAUAAUUAAUUCUGGAUAUUUUGAUUAAGUUCCUGCUCGUUUCUGUCAGUUUAGCAUUGAGAUCGAGUCUUCGAUUUUAUGCGAGUGAGGUAAAUAAAUUUAUAGUAAUGCCCGUACAGUUUUUAAAAGCAUGUUUUGACUUGCUUUUGAAGUGGUGGCGGGACUAAAACCGUUUUAUGCAAAAAUAAGUAUGACUAAUUUGAAGUAAAAUUUUUAUGCUUUUUAUUAAAUUGAGCAUGCCUACUUGAAAUUUAAUUGAUUGUCCUGAUGAUUUGAAAGUGAUUGGUGAAUUAUGAUUUUUCUGUUCACUUCUGCCUGUUUUGUCUCCAAUGUGGUUAUGUUAUUAAUGAUCCUGCUAGUGGGGGUUAAACGCUAGCACAUGUCGACAUGUUAUUGAUAGAACCGGUUCGUUCGAGUGACCUUGCUAGUGGGGGUUAUACACCAGCAAAUAGUGUAGCCUGCCAGUGGGAGGUUUAAAACACUGGCCAUGACCUAUAGAGGAGACGUCUAUUUCGUUCCCGUACUGUAUCCGUUUUUCGUAAUUGUACUUGUUGGCAUGCUAUGAGUUUAAUUAAGGGCACUCCAUAUUUUACUUACUGAGUUUAUCUCAUAGUUUUUCCUUGUCCACCAUUUCAGGAAGCGAAGCCGAAGACAGGGAAACCACGAGAAGUGACGAGUUAGAAGGCUAACCAUUUCAAGAUUGAUAUAGAUUUUAGAAAUAAAUCAUGCUUUUGUAAGAUAGAUUUUAUCUUGAAUUUAUGAGAUCAAAACAGAUUUCAGUCAUUAAAUCAAUUACUUGGAUUUAAGUCAUUUUGGUUAUAGAAAUAAAUUGAGAUGUUUGAU